UCUGCUGCUCCUGCCCUGGGCAUGGGGGGCUCUGGACGAGUCUCUCACCCUCCGGCUGCUCCAAACCAUCACCUUCCACAACGCCAGCUCCACGGACAUGGAGUGGACGGCCCUGCUGGGCGACCUGGAGACCCACUCCCUGGACUGCAGCACCUGCGAGAUCCGCUUCCUGCAGCCCUGGGCCCAGCAGGGCCUGACCCCAAAGCAGUGGCAGGACCUGCAGGAGUUCAUCUAUAACAAUCUGUCCAAAUUCAUCCGUAUGGUGAACGAUCUGGUUGAGGAUGAAGGAGAGGGCUACCCCUUUGUUACCCAGUUCUCCAUUGGCUGCGAGCUCCUCCCCAACGGCACCUCGAGGCGAUUCUGUGAUGCUGGGAUGAACGGCGAGGACUUCAUCAGCUUCGACACGGACAGCGGCAAAUGGGUCGCUCGCCGGGGGGAUAAACUGACUCUCAAAGCCCAGGAGAUUCUUAACUGCAACAAAGUUGUGGCCAUCAAGCUUCAGUUUGUCCUGAGAAUGACGUGUGUCAGUCAGCUCGAGAGAUUUGUCCAGUAUUGGAAAGAGUCUCUGGAGAGGCAAGAGCGGCCGGUCGCCGUGGUGUUUGCCCGAGCGCCUCCCCCAGCCGGGACCCCCGCGCCGGUACUGCUGGUUUGCCGGGUCACCGGUUUCUACCCCCGGCCCAUCCGCGUGGCCUGGCUGCAGGACGGGGAGGAGGUGGGGCCGGGCUGGUGGCUGAACUCCAGCGGGAUCCUGCCCAACGCGGACCUGACCUACCAGCUGCGCAGCUCCCUGGCCGUGGGGCCGGGCGCCGGGCACAGCUACGCCUGCCGGGUGCAGCACAGCAGCCUGGGGGGCCGGAGCCUGCUGAUCCCCUGGGAGCAGAGCAGGCCCUGGGGCCCCGGCCUGGCCGUGGGCAUCACCCUGGGGGUUGUGGCCGUAGCCGCCGUGGCCGUGGUGCUGUGGCGGAGCAGACGCAGGCGCUGUCAGGACGUUAGACCAGGGGAGUCCAGUCCCUGA